GUUGGACUCCACGCCUGGUCGUGUUUCGCCUCACCCGGCUCGUUGGGAACGCGUGACCCAGGCCCCAACCCAGACCCGCCGUCCGGAUCCGCACCGUAACCCGGGCAGGUUUAAAAAGCGCUGGGCUAGGGACACCUGUGCGCCCAGGGGACGGUGAGCGCUCCCUCUCCCCUCUCCGCUGGAACUCCUGCUGGGGUCCUGUCCCCUGCCUUUCUACCCGCUGCACCCUGGAUCUGUGACACUCAGGAAAUGCUUGUCUCCUGCUGUUGAUGAAUAAUUUUGGAGUACUAUGGAUCAUGCUGAAGAAAAUGAAAUCCUUGCAGCAACUCAGAGGUACUAUGUGGAAAGGCCUAUUUUUAGCCAUCCAGUCCUCCAGGAAAGACUACACGAGAAAGACAAAGUUUCGGAUUCCAUUGGGGAUAAGCUGAAACAGGCAUUCACAUGUACUCCUAAAAAAAUAAGAAACAUUAUCUAUAUGUUCCUGCCCAUAACAAAGUGGUUGCCAGCAUAUAAAUUCAAGGAGUAUGUGCUGGGUGACUUGGUUUCAGGAAUAAGCACUGGGGUGCUUCAGCUUCCUCAAGGCCUGGCCUUCGCGAUGCUGGCAGCGGUGCCUCCGGUGUUCGGCCUCUACUCUUCGUUUUACCCUGUCAUCAUGUACUGUUUCCUUGGAACCUCCAGGCACAUAUCCAUAGGGCCUUUUGCCGUUAUUAGCUUGAUGAUUGGUGGCGUGGCUGUUCGAUUAGUACCCGAUGACAUCGUCAUCCCGGGAGGAGUAAAUGCAACCAAUGGCACAGAAGCCAGGGACGCCUUGAGAGUGAAAGUCGCCAUGUCUGUGACCUUACUUUCGGGAAUCAUUCAGUUCUGCCUAGGUGUGUGUAGGUUCGGAUUUGUGGCCAUCUACCUCACAGAGCCCCUGGUGCGCGGGUUCACCACCGCCGCCGCUGUGCAUGUCUUCACCUCCAUGCUCAAGUACCUCUUCGGGGUUAAGACGAAGCGGUACACUGGGAUCUUUUCGGUGGUGUACAGUACAGUUGCUGUGUUGCAGAAUGUUAAAAACCUCAACGUGUGUUCCCUAGGCGUCGGGCUGAUGGUUUUUGGUUUGCUGUUGGGUGGCAAGGAGUUUAAUGAGAGAUUUAAAGAGAAAUUGCCAGCACCUAUUCCUUUAGAGUUCUUUGCGGUGGUAAUGGGAACUGGCAUUUCAGCUGGAUUUAAUUUGCAAGAAUCUUACAAUGUGGAUGUUGUUGGGACACUGCCUCUGGGGCUACUCCCUCCAGCCAACCCGGACACCAGCCUCUUCCACCUCGUGUACGUGGACGCCAUUGCCAUAGCCAUCGUUGGAUUCUCAGUGACCAUCUCCAUGGCCAAGACCUUGGCAAACAAACACGGCUACCAGGUUGAUGGCAACCAGGAGCUCAUCGCCCUGGGACUGUGCAAUUCCAUCGGCUCCCUCUUCCAGACCUUUUCAAUUUCUUGCUCCUUGUCUCGAAGCCUUGUUCAGGAGGGAACUGGAGGGAAGACGCAGCUCGCCGGUUGCUUGGCCUCUUUAAUGAUUUUGCUGGUCAUAUUAGCCACGGGAUUCCUCUUUGAAUCAUUGCCCCAGGCUGUGCUGUCGGCCAUCGUGAUUGUCAACCUGAAGGGAAUGUUCAUGCAGUUCUUAGAUCUGCCCUUCUUCUGGAGAACCAGCAAAAUAGAGCUGACCAUCUGGCUCACCACGUUUGUGUCCUCCUUGUUCCUGGGAUUAGACUAUGGCCUGAUUACUGCCGUGAUCAUUGCUCUGCUGACUGUGAUUUACAGAACACAGAGCCCGAGCUACAAAGUCCUGGGACAGCUUCCUGACACUGACGUCUAUAUCGACAUAGAUGCCUUCGAAGAGGUGAAAGAAAUCCCUGGAAUAAAAAUAUUCCAAAUAAAUGCCCCAAUUUACUAUGCUAACAGUGACUUGUAUAGCAACGCAUUAAAAAGAAAGACCGGAGUGAACCCAGCGCUCAUCAUGGGAGCAAGGAGAAAGGCCCUGAGGAAGUAUACUAAGGAGGUGGGGAACGCAAACGUGGCCAACGCCACCGUGCUCAAGGCGGAUGCAGAAGUAGAUGGAGAAGAUGGUACCAAGCCUGAAGAGGAGGACGGUGAAGUGAAAUACCCCCCAAUCGUCAUUAAAAAUACAUUUCCCAAAGAACUGCAGAGAUUCAUGCCCCCGGGGGAUAACAUCCACACCAUCAUUCUGGAUUUCACACAGGUCAAUUUCAUCGACUCUGUUGGCGUGAAAACUCUGGCAGGGAUUGUAAAGGAAUACGGAGACGUUGGUAUUUAUGUGUAUUUAGCAGGAUGCAGUGCACAAGUUGUGAACGACCUCACUCGAAAUCGAUUUUUUGAAAAUCCUGCCUUGAAGGAGCUGCUGUUCUACAGCAUCCACGACGCAGUCUUAGGCAGCCAAGUUCGAGAGGCACUGGCUGAUCAGGAAGCCUCAGCUGCCCCUCCACCGGAGGAUCUGGAGCCCAAUGCCACUCCUGCCACACCGGAAGAAUGAGGGGGACCUCAGCUUGGGUGGGAUGGGGUUAUUAUUGGGGAAAUUCCUCAUUUACACAUUUUAAAUACUAGACCCUAGGGUUUCCCCUAAGGGUAAAUACUAGUAGUCAAGGCUUGAUUUGGAGGGUGAAUGACACAUAGCAAGAUGUAUCUUACUUGUGUUUUCUAAAAUUGAAUAAUUCAAAGAUAAAUUGGCCUCUUCCCUGCACUUACUGUGCAGUGACAUUUGUUACUUUUUAGUAUUGUCUUUGCAGGCCAAGCACUUAAAAUCGUACUUCUCUGAAGUACUUUACCUACAAAUAGGAUAUUCUAUCAGCAGAUGGUUCCUGGGUGUUGUAUUUGUUUGGCUACAGGUGUUUAUAACCAAUCACCUGCCAGAGGAGGGAAAUCCACAAUUUUCUAGACGUUCUUGUUUUACAAUAACCUUUUAUUAUUAUAAAAGACAUAUAGGUGCAUUGUGAACACACUGGAAAAAACAGGCAGGCAAAGAAUAGUAACAUAUGCUCAACCACUUAAAGCUGGCCCUGUUAACAUCUUAAUCCAUCAUCAACCCACCCCCAACCCCCAUACCAGGGAUCGAACCUAGGGCCUUGCGCUUGCCAGGCAGGCAUGGUGCCACUGAACUAAAUCACGGGCCCCUGCCUGUUCACAUCUUUAUGCAUAUCCUUCCAGAUGUUUUUUCCUAUGCAUCAUAUAUCUUUAUAUUUUAAACAACUAUAUCUGUAUAAUAUUUGGAACCAAUUUUUUGUCACCAGUCUCAACUUUCUUGUCCAGGACAUUUUUAUCUCAGACUAUAUUCACAUUUAUCCAAUUGUCCCUAAACUUGCAGUUGGUUUGUCCAAAUCAGUAUUCAUUCUGAGACCUUCCAUUGUAUCUACUGGUCAUGUCCCUUUAAGUCCAUAAGUCUAUUUUAAUCUAACACAGUUCCUGACUUUAUUUUCCCCCUGUACUGGGGAUUGAACCCUAGGCCUUCACUCUGAGCUACUUCCCCAGCCCUCUUUUCUUACU